GGGGGCCGACGGCGCGGGCCGGGGAUGCGGGUCCCGGGCGCGCUGUCCGCGGCGACCCUGCUGCUGCUGGGGCUGCUGGGGCUGCCCUGGGGCUGGAGCGCGGCGGCGGCGCUCGGCGUCUACCUCGGCGGCGGCGGCUGGCGCUUCCUGCGCAUCGUGGUCAAGACGGCGCGGCGGGACCUCUUCGGCCUGUGGGUGCUGGUCCGCGUGCGGCUGGAGCUGCGGCGGCACGAGCGGGCGGGCGCCACGGUCCCGCGGCUGUUCCGGGCGGUGGCGCGGCGCAGCCCCGAGCGGACGGCGCUGGUGGACGCGGGCAGCGGGGCGCGCUGGAGCUUCGCGCGGCUGGACGGCUUCGCGGACGCCGUGGCGCUCGCCUUCGGCCGCAGGGGCUUCGCGCCCGGGGACGUGGUGGCGCUGCUGCUGGCCGGGCGCCCCGAGUUCGUGGGGCUGUGGCUCGGCCUGGCCCGGGCGGGCGUGGAGGCCGCGCUGCUCAACGUGCAGCUGCGCCGCCAGCCCCUCGCCCACUGCCUGCGCGUCUCGGGGGCCCGCGCCCUGGUCUUCACGCCCGAGCUGGCCGCCGCCGUGGCCGAGGUGAGCGGGGAGCUGGGCAAGAGUCUGGUCAAGUUCUGCCUGGGGACCCCCGGGCCCGAGGGCAUCCCGCCCGACACGGAGCUGCUGGACCCGCUGCUGGAGGAGGCGCCCCGGGAGCCCCCUGAGGAGCCCCCAGGCAAGGGCAUGGACGGCCGCCUUUUCUACAUCUACACGUCGGGGACCACCGGCAUGCCCAAGGCUGCCAUCGUGGUGCACAGCAGGUACUACCGCAUCGCCGCCUUUGGCCACCACGCCUACCGCCUGCGGCCCUCGGAUGUGGUCUACGACUGCCUGCCCCUCUACCACUCAGCGGGGAACAUCAUGGGCGUGGGCCAGUGUCUGCUGUACGGGCUGACUGUCGUCUUGCGUCAGAAGUUCUCAGCCAGCCGCUUCUGGGACGACUGUGUCCAGCAUGACUGCACGGUGGUGCAGUACAUCGGCGAGACGUGCCGCUACCUGCUGCGGCAGCCCCGGCGGGAGGCAGAGAGCCGCCACCGCGUGCGCCUGGCCGUGGGCAAUGGGCUGCGCCCAGCCAUCUGGGAGGAGUUCGCGCGGCGCUUCGGGGUGCGCCAGAUCGGGGAGUUCUACGGCGCCACCGAGUGCAACUGCAGCAUCGCCAACAUGGACGGCAAGGUGGGCGCCUGCGGCUUCAACAGCCGCAUCCUGCCGCACGUCUACCCGAUCCGGCUGAUCAAGGUGGACGAGGACUCGCUGGAGCCGCUGCGGGACGCGCGGGGGCUGUGCGUGCCCUGCCAGCCGGGCGAGCCCGGCCUCCUGGUGGGUCAGAUCAACCAGCGGGACCCGCUGCGCCGCUUCGACGGCUACCUCAGCGAGAGCGCCACCAGCAGGAAGAUCGCCCGCAACGUCUUCAGCAAGGGGGACUUGGCCUACCUUUCGGGUGACAUGCUGGUGAUGGACGAGCUGGGCUACAUGUACUUCCGGGACCGCAGCGGGGACACUUUCCGCUGGAAGGGCGAGAAUGUGUCCACCACGGAGGUGGAGGGGGUGCUCAGCCGCCUGCUGGGCCAGACGGACGUGGCGGUGUACGGGGUGGCCGUGCCAGGCGUGGAGGGCAAGGCGGGCAUGGCGGCCAUCGCGGACCCCCAGGGCCGGCUGAGCCCCGACGCGCUCUACCAGGAGCUGCAGAAGGUGCUGGCGCCCUACGCCCGGCCCAUCUUCCUGCGCCUGCUGCCCAAGGUGGACACCACAGGAACCUUCAAGAUCCAGAAGACACGGCUGCAGCAGGAGGGCUUCGACCCCCGCCAGACCUCCGACCGCGUGUUCUUCCUAGACCUGAAGCAGGGCCACUACCUGCCGCUGGACCUGGAUGUCUACACCGGCAUCUGCUCUGGGGCCUUUGCGCUCUGAGGGUCGGCCGCACGGCGUCCUCCCUACCCGCCCAGACCCCCCUGCCUUUCGGGGCCUCACCCUCCCUCAGACUCGUCUAGGGAGCUCAGUCUGCAUUGGGGACACUCAGCUUGGGGCGUCCCUGGCACCCUCAGCUGUGCCUUCAGGAGUCCCCUGCCCAGGCCGCCUGGCCCCCCUCCGGGGACAGCACGGGCCAGCGAACGUGGAGGGGGCAUCUCCUCACCACCUGUCCCUCCCGACCCUGGUGGGUGUCCCCUACCCCGAUGCCGUGGCACAUUCUGGAGUGGACUGUGGCCACUUGGGGAUCUGAGUGUCUGAGCUGCCUGCUGCCUCUUUUAAGGGGAAACCCUCUUGGCAGUGGGGAGAGGCCUGUUCUCUCCCAGCAUGGCCUGUGUGCGGGUGUUGGGGGGGCCCUGUCCCCUGACCCUCACUGCCGGCCGGCCUUGCCAGUGAGAGCUGGAGCCCGGGUGGGCGGUGACACCUCGGGCGGCCCCAGUGGCUGCUGCUGGAAUGUGGGGACCAGCGUGGAGGGACGGGAGUGCCCACGGCCCCCAGGUGCCUGUUACUGGAUGAAAUAAACCUGCCCCGUCCCUG